GGGAGUGCGCAGAUGCACGUCAUUUCCCUGAAGAGCGCCGCUUCCUUGGAACCGCACGCGCUGCUCACCCACUCUGUCUCAUCUUACUCUGACUUACUCUAGUAUACGGAUCUUACCAAAAAUGGGAUUUACUUCACUUGAAGAGCAAUCAUUUCGAAAGGAUUAACUUUUUUGUUCACUAGAAAAUAUACUAUGUGAAAACUGUAUUAAAACUCGCUGGCAAUAAUGCGGAUACAGAUCUAUAUCAGUGUCACUGUCUUGAUCUUAUUCCAGAAAUCCGCCUCAGAGGCCGUGAGUCGCCCGCCUCCUCCUGCUAACGUGACCAUACAUUGUGACAACUAUGGAGUUGAAGCACGAUGGGAAUAUCCUGACCAGAGUCGGGACGUAUACUUCUUUGUGGAGGUGACAUAUUCCACUGGAAGGGAAAGUGAGACCACACAAAAUCUAAGUUUAAACAUAUCCAGUAUGCUGUCUAGACCAGCAUUCAAUCGCUACUUUGUCACUGUGAGGGCCGUGCGGGGAGGACUGGAGUCAGAUCUAUGCGAAUCAGCUAUUUUCAGCUUCACUGCAGAAGCUGACAGCAAAAUAAAGUGUUAUUUGGAUUUUCCUGAGGUUGAACUUUCUCCUAAAGAUGGUAAACUUCACGUCCAGUUCAUCAACCCUCCGCAUCUGUACAGAAACACGCCGGCUCUGAGGGACCUUGUAGAUCUGAAUUACUAUAUUGAAACAGAAGAGAGUAAGAAGAGUUUCACCUGCGGAAUGAAGAAUGAAACAUGCGAGUCGUCCAUUGAGUUUUCUGAGCACAGAGGAGUUUACUGUGUCAAUCUGACAGGAAAGUUUGGACAGAGACCACUCAAUCCUAGAAGCAAAUGUUUCGAAGGAGACAUAAGUAUCUAUCCAUCGUUCACCGUGUACCUGUAUCCAGUGCUGGGGGUCGCCUCAACGUUGAUUUUCAUAACCGUCAUCAUUAUGCUGCUAGCGAAGAAAUUCAACUCAGAAAUUAAGAAGAAUGCUAUCACUGCAUUUCCCAAGUUUUUGGUUUUCAACCCAGCACCAGCAGGCCAGUGCAAAGUACUGAAAGUGGAGACGGAGAACAUGGACAGCAAAGUGAAGAUCGAACCGGUCGGGGAUCCUCAGGAGAAAACCACAUUAAUAGAGAUGUACAGCGAUGAGGAGCAGUCCUCUGGUGACAGGGAUGUGCGAAUAGGUGACUUGGACAAUGAAAGUGCAUAUGGGCCUAACAUGCUCGAUGAAGAUGAUGAAGAUAAUGAAGAUGAGCCGGGCAGCCUGUCGAAUGGCUACGACAGUCCGCACAUCAACCUCUGUCUGUAGAUGAGUCCUGGAGAUACUGUGAAUGUUUAUGGACCCUAGAGACUCCCCAAAGCACUCUUCGGAUUGCUUCCAGAGGUCUAGAAGUAAAGGAAAGUCCCAAACAGACAAUAAAAGCACCUGCUGCCGGGAUGUUCUGGGAACAUGAUACAGGUUGGGACUGUUCAUACAAAUACAAGCCCACACAUGACAUCAUGAAAUGGAAUUCCCCCAAGGUUUUCCGGUUCAUGGCACAAUGGAAAAAUCAUGUGUUUGGCAUUUGUCUUCAUUACUGACACUCCCUUUAUUUGAACUGAAACUUCUGUUGAAUUGACACUAGUUCAGCAUAAUGCUUAUACUUGUUGCUACAUGUGGUAGUUUGAUCUACAGGCCGGCCAGAAUCAUAUUCUAUGGCCUUUGAACAAAGAUUUACAGCAUCAUUUACAAGUGCUGCUCAGGUCAUGGGACUCACAUCAUUGGAUUUGUUGCAUUCUCUCACGUCUUAUCGGAAUUACCGGCAUUGCAAAAGAACUGUGUUUCUGUGGCAACACUCACAACACCAAACGGAUCAUUCGUUCAGCAGUUUUGUUGAGUGACAGUGAAAUACUACACUCAUUCACCUCUAUAUUUAUCCUCUUUUUAAAUAUGAAGUGCAGCAGAUAUGAGCUGUAAUAAAAUGACACAUCAAACAAAAAUGUACUUUUUCAGCAACGUAGCCUUAAUAAGAGUCUUCCUUUAAAAACAUUACAAAAUCUUACCAACCCCAAAUGUUUGAAUGGUAGUGUAUGCAGUUAACUUUUAUAAAAUACUUCCAGCUCACAAUUACAAUUUCCAGCAAAAACAUGAACAUUGUCAACUCAGAAACUUGUAAAUGUAAUUCUGACAUGAUGUAAUUCAAUUCAUGACACAACUGGAGCACAUUGUCAUGUAGCAGAUCUUCAAGCUCAAUUCAGAUGAAAACAGGAACUUUAAUUUCAGGUCAAUGCUGUUUAUUGUUCAGAUCAUGUGAAUGACAUUUAUGCACUUUGCCUAAACAUGGUAGAGGAGAAGAGAAUUUCGUCAUAAUGAACUGAGAAGCCACUUUAUAAGCCAUCAGUCCUUACAGGCAGCUGAUAGUUUGCAUUAAGUUCAUUAUUGUGCCACCGGUAAAAAUGUGAUUGAUUUUUUUUUUCCUCCCAUAAUGUUUUUUUUAUUAAAAGUGGGGUUAGGAUUCUAUGGAAAAAAUAGUACUUGUGUUUUACUGUGUAUGUGUGUUUUUAUAAACUUUUUAGAAUGUGAUGAAUAGGUUUAAUUACAUUUUUGUACAUAUAUAUUUACCUUUAAACAGUCGAGCCUGAUAAACAGAAGAGAUUCUA